AUGGCGGAAUUACCCGUGCCAAAUCAAGUGGUCUAUGUCGCUGAAAUUCCUGAAUCAUUGGAGUCAAUUGACAGCGAGCGUCUGCUUCUUCGUCCGAUCGGUCUCGAGGAUGCGGCUGCCAUUCUUGCCAUCCGCUCAAGGCCUGAAGUGGCUAAAAACAACCAUCCAAAGGCCCCCUUCAAGUCACUGGAUGAUGUUCACGAAUGGAUGGCCAGUAAAAUUUACAGCCAGGGGCCUGCCGAGCUCCUCGGGCGAACUUUCAAUUUUGGAAUCCUCGACAAAUCUAUUCCUCAAUCACAAGAACAAUUGAUUGGAUACGUGGGCGUGAACUGCCUGGUGCCAUGUCCCAUGCUGGGUUACUCUCUGCUGCCCGAAGCCUGGGGCAACGGAUUCGCAACGGAAGCACUGCAGCUUGUGAUCAAGAAGUGGUGGGAGCUCCCUCGACGAGCGGCAAGUGAUCAGACGGACGGUCCGGAAAGGAUAUACGCCAUCUGUGAAAAGGUGAAUCUUGGAAGUUCGGGAGUGCUGCGGAAGUGUGGGUUUGAACUUGUUGCCGAAGGGUUCUUUGAAGCCGACGAGUUGCAAUUGUGGGGACUUGAGAAGCCGCCUUCAUGA